CAAAGAUUCAUUCUUACUCUUACCCUCACAAAACAACAAAAGCAUCUCUUCCUAUCUUUGGUUCUAUAUCUUUAUUUAUCUUGGUGUGGUUUUAUUUGUUUCAAAUUGGUAACAUAACCCUAAGGUCUCACCAAAUAGUCGUCGUCAUUAUUAGGUACGAGGAAGUUGGUUGAUUACCCCCUCAUAGACGAAUAAGACGGAAUUUUCGAAACAUCUCAGCCCUACCUAGGUAUGCGCAUUAGCUAGAUCUUGGAGCAUUUCCCGCGGAUCGCCCGCCUAAUGUCUAACGCAUCUUCCGCUGCUCCUGUUCAAUCCAAUUCGACUCCAAUGGAUUCCUCCGCCCGCUCGUCUCCAAACGAACAUUCAAUCAGUUCACCUGGCGCUGCAUCGACGCCACAAGACUCUGCGCCCGGAUCGAAUCCCGCUUCAGCCGCUGCUACAUCUGGCUCUUCUAAUCCAACAUUCACACCAUCCGGUCCCAUUACACUCGACCCCUCUACGACUCCCUCCUCGGCGCUGAACCCACGCAGUUGCGUAACAUGUCGCCGCCGAAAAGUUAGAUGCGAUAAAUUUAUGCCUUGUGGCAAUUGUCGCAAGGCCCAGAUCCAAUGUGUCUUUCCAGCACCUGGCCGGGCUCCUCGGCGACCGCGCAUGAAAGAUCCCAAUGCCCCGCCGAAACAGACUAGCGAACGCGAGAUCGAGUUGAUGAAGCGAUUAAGGAAGCUAGAGAGUAUAGUAGAAGAUUUAAGCGGGCAGAUCGAAAUCGAGACAGCGAGACAUCCUUCUCUAAGCGGCGGCGGUUCGCCUGAGACAGCAAUAGAUAACGCACAAGAGAGGGAACGAAGAAGACAAAGUGGAAUGGUAUAUAGCGAGAACCUUCCCGGUGGUUAUCCGCCUGCCGAAUAUUCUAGACUUGGUCGUUCGCAGAUUGGUGAUCCUCCGUUAACAAGUCCUUCCGGAGAAGUGGGCAAGUCUUUCGGAAGAUUAGUGUUGAACGAGAAAGGGAAAUCGCGCUACAUAAGCAGCGCAUUUUGGUCUAAGAUUAAUGACGAGAUUAAUAAACUUCGGACAGACACGGAGAUGCUCAGCGAUGAGGAUUCUGAAGGUUCAGAUGAUGGCAGUAGCCCCGGUUCGCUUAACCCAUAUUCAGACCAGGUCGAUCAUCACGGUUUCGUACUCGGCUAUAGUUCUUCUAACGUCGAUUUACGGAAAUUACAUCCCUUACCGUCCCAAAUACCAUUUAUAUGGCAAGUCUAUCAGGAGAACGUCGAUCCGCUUGUGAAGAUAUUACACGUACCAUCUAUGAAUAAGGUCAUCCGCGAGCUUAGAACAAAUAUUAAUGACCUAUCACCGGGAAUGGAGGCGCUAAUGUUUGCUAUAUACUACGCUUCUAUCACGUCUAUGGAAGAGCAUGAGGUCAAGGUAAAUUUUGGCGCCGAAAAAGGACAACUUAUUAACAAAUUUCGAUUCGCCACGGAGCAGGCUCUAGCGAAAGCCAAUUUUCUAGUCACCUCCGAAUUGAUAGUUGUGCAAGCUUUUACUCUCUUCCUCGUUCUUGUCCGACGGUAUGAUGAUACUAGGUUCGCCUGGACUCUAACAGGACUCGCAAUUCGCAUAUCACAAUCGCUCGGAAUACAUCGAGAAGGGACCAAGUUUGACGAAUUAAGCCCUUUUGACGUCGAAAUGCGUCGUCGACUAUGGUGGGCUAUAUGUAUUUUGGAUCUUAGGUCGGCGGAAGAUCAGGGUACCGAGUUAACGAUCGCGGAACGAACAUACGAUACGCACUUCCCGUUAAAUAUAAAUGACGUCGAUAUAACACCUGAUAUGACAGAAUUUCCCGAGGAGAGAACGGGACCCACGGAUAUUACAUUUUGUCUUAUUCGUUACGAGAUUUGUGCUUUGUCUAGAAAGAUCCAUUUGGCAACAAAUGGGAUGGCCCCAUGUCGCUCUCGAAGUACGGAAGAAGAACGAGAGAAGAUGCUUCUCGAAUGUUACGAACGCAUCGAGAAGAAGUAUUUAAAAUCAUGCGGCGAUAAAGAUUCCGACGUACUUCAUUGGGUCGCAGCAAUGAUCGCGCGACUUAUCAUGGCUAAAAUGAGUCUACUUAUAUACCAACCAAUGCUACUUCACUCGACAGGCCAAGAGCUUGCUAGUGAUAUACGGCAUCGUCUCUUCAUGGCGUCCCUUGAGGUCGUCGAAUACACAAAAGUCCUUAACUCGGAGCCGAAGUGUCGGCAAUGGAGAUGGCUUUUCCAGACGUACGCACAAUGGCACGCCGUUGCGUAUCUAUUGCUGGAGACGUGUCGCCUACCGUGGACUCCCUCACUUGAACGUGCAUGGAUUGUACUUAAUGCGACUUUCCAAACUCCUGACGCUGUGGUACGUGCUAGGCCCGGGGUAUGGAUUCCAUUACGCAAAUUGAUGGGCCAAGCGAGUCGUCAUCGAGAAGAAGAGGUUCAACGACUAAGGGCUAACCCUGAAGCUGCGCAACAGCUUGACACGGAUGAGCAACUAAAGGCUCAACCAGACAGUUUUAAACAUUUGUCUAGCUCUGUGCGAAGUGUUCUCGCCCAGGAUCAGUGGCGCAAGCUCGUCGGCGUCAAGGGUCCCGACAAACCAACUUUCCACGUAUCAAGCCUAUUAGGUGAUGGAACACAGACGGAUAAAAGGGAAAUCCCACAAGGACAAUCUAAUGUCGAAGUACCUUCAUCUCAGAUGCAAUUCGUGGACCACAUAAUGUCGCAACCAUAUCUAGACUCUUCGGACUUAUUCGGAGUCGCGUUUCCAGCACAAAAUGCUUAUCUAACUGAAGGAGGUGGUCAGCCACCAGGAAAUUCCCGCCCAGAUACAUCCGUUCCUAUCGAAGCAUUCGGCCCUUCCGGUAACGAUGCAUAUGAUCCUACAACAGGACCGACGCCGCAAAGCUACGUUGAAGAUAACCCCCCGCCAUGGCUUUGGACCGAUGCCUGGGGAGAUAAUACUACGAAUCGUGGAAACCCCAAUAUGCCAGCUGCUGACGAUCAGGAAGUCAAUAUGGAUGUUGAUGAAGGUUUUAAUUGGCAAAACUGGAUGGAUAAUGGGCUUGCUAUGGGUCGGGUUGGUUUUAUGGGUGGUAUUUAACCAAGGAAACCAACCUAGAUA